AUUUGAGGUAUCCCCCGUCAGAGAAGGAGAGAUACACCACCAGCCAUCUGACACAGCAUACACCUGCCACGCCAGAGCUGACAUUCCCCAUAAAUAGAACCAUAGAAGGAGAUCCUUAGAGUGACCCCAAAAAAAAAGGAAGAUAAAAGAGAAACAAACAGAAACAUGUAUAGUGCAGUUGCUGCUCAGAGUGUAACUCCAGGAGGCGGUGCUGCUUCCCACGAUGCCACGGGUACGGGGGCAUCCAAGGGAAAUGCGGGCCCCGUCCCGGGCCCCGGCACGAGCACCGCUCCACCCGGGAUUUCCAGUGGGAAGAAUGCAUUGAAUGAUGAUCAAAUCUACCAAUGGACUGCUGAAUUGGUCAGUGGAUCCAACCGAGAACGAGCUCUUUUAGAGUUGGGCAAAAAGAGAGAACAAUACGACGACCUUGCGUUGGUAUUGUGGAACUCCUUUGGGGUCAUGACCGUGUUACUUGAGGAGAUUGUGUCUGUGUACCCCUUUUUAAAUCCACAAGUACUCACGGCCUCGGUAUCCAAUCGGGUUUGUAAUGCACUUGCUCUCUUGCAAUGUGUUGCAUCCAACGUCCAAACCAGAGGCUUGUUCCUCAAUGCCAACCUCCCACUUUAUCUCUACCCAUUCUUGUCGACAAACUCACGUCAACGUUCAUUUGAAUAUCUUCGAUUGACCAGUUUGGGUGUGAUUGGCGCCUUGGUCAAGAAUGAUACCCCUGAGGUAAUCAAUUUCUUGCUCACCACCGAGAUUGUUCCCUUGUGCUUGAAUAUCAUGGAGAUUUCGUCGGAACUUUCGAAAACAGUGGCCAUUUUCAUAUUACAAAAAAUUCUUUUGGAUGACCAAGGCUUGUCGUAUGUGUGCACCACGUACGAGAGGUUCCAUACUGUUUCGUCUGUGUUGGCCAAGAUGAUUGACCAGCUCAGUACGGCAACCGUCAAUGCUGCUGGAACUGCUGCCGCUACCACCACCACCGCCACCAACAACAACAACAACGCCUCUUCUUCUAGCACCACCAACGGAGCCGCUCCUCCUUCGCAAGCACAACCGUCCAACUCUCUGGGAAGACUCUUGAAGCACGUGGUCCGCUGCUACAUGCGGUUAUCGGACAACUUGGAGGCAAGAAAGGCGUUGGCAAAUAUUUUACCCGAGCCUUUGAGAGAUGGCACGUUUUCAAUAAUUUUACAAGAUGAUGCGGCCACAAAGAGAUGUUUGGCACAAUUGUUGUCAAACAUCAGCGAGCAGCAACAGUAGAGAGAGAGAGGAGAGCGAGGAGAGGAGAGGAGAGGAGAGGAGAGGAGAGGAGAGGAGAGGAGAGAGGGGAGAUGAUUGUAACAUAUAGGUUUAGUUUCAUGGCAUGUAUAUUUAAUGUACGAUAGUACGAGCAGAAGUUAUUUACAU